AUCUCGUUUUGGUGCGAUCUGGUAUCGCUUUGGAGAGGAAGUGAAGUGAUUUUAAAAGUAUAAUUUCGUGUUCGUUUAAAUAUUAAUGACGUGAGACUGAGCCGAAGUUGGAGUUUGUGACAAAGUUAGCAUUGUUUCGUUGGAUGUGACGCUGUUGGAAGCAAAUUCUGGUGAUAUCCCGCGAUGUACUUAAUCCUCGGUAUUAUUUUAAUCCUAACCUACGUGCUAUGGACCCUACUGGACCGCCGCGGAAAACCACCUGGCCCAUUCGGGUUACCGAUCAUCGGUUACCUGCCCUUCAUUGACUCGGUCAAACCGUACGAAACGCUCACCAAGCUCGCCAAACGCUACGGCCCCGUCUACAGCCUGCGGAUGGGCCAGGUGGACGCAGUAGUUCUAAGCAGCCCGGAACUCAUCCGCGAUACCCUGAAGCGAGAAGAAACCACCGGAAGGGCACCGCUCUUCAUUACUCAUGGGAUCAUGGGAGGAUAUGGAAUCAUCUGCGCAGAAGGCAAUCUAUGGCGGGAUCAGCGGCGUCUCUCGACCGAAUGGCUGCGCAAGAUGGGCAUGACGAAAUUCGGCCCAACGCGUUCAACGCUCGAAGCCCGCAUCUUAAUCGGUGUCAAUGAACUCCUACAGGAUUUGAAGAGAGAAUCGGAGAAAGUGUUUGCGUUCGAUCCUGCACCGUUGCUGCAUCACAUUCUAGGAAAUCUGAUGAAUGACAUCGUGUUCGGGCUGCAGUACGAGCGGGAUGACGCAACGUGGCGAUAUCUGCAGCAUCUCCAGGAGGAGGGCGUCAAACAUAUCGGAGUAUCGAUGGCGGUUAAUUUCCUACCGUUUUUGAGACAUCUGCCUUCGAGCAAAAGGAUAAUUGAAUUUUUAUUAAAUGGUAAAGCAAAAACCCAUAAAAUUUACGACUCGAUCAUCGAAAAGCAGCGCAGCACCCUGAUGACGGCGGCAGCGGCGGCUGGUGACGGUCCCGAGGUCAACGACCCACCAACAACAACGGUUGCCCAACGCGAUUGCAUCCUGUCGAAUUUCCUGCAGGAAACCCGUCGAAGGGAAAGCGGCGGCCGCCCGGAGCUGGCCUUCUGCAGCGACGUCCAACUGCGCCAUCUGCUGGCGGAUUUGUUCGGGGCAGGUGUGGACACCACGUUUACGACCCUUCGCUGGUUGAUUCUGUUUCUGGCCUUGAAUAAGGAUGUGCAGCAACGGUUGCGGCAGGAGAUGGCCGCUCGGCUUCAGUCGGAGCCGUGCUUGAACGAUAUCGACUCGUUGCCGUAUCUGAAAGCGUGCGUGGCCGAAGCGCAGCGGUUGACAACGGUCGUUCCUCUUGGGAUUCCACAUGGAGCGGUGUCGGACAUCACAAUCGCCGGCUUCAAGGUACCGAAAAACACCAUGAUAAUCCCGCUGCUAUGGGCCGUCCACAUGGACCCAUCCCUGUGGCGCAACCCGGACCGCUUCGAUCCGAACCACUUCCUGGACGACGCCGGCCAAUACGUCACCCCUUCGCAUUUCAUGCCGUUCCAAACCGGCAAGCGGAUGUGCCUCGGAGACGAACUGGCCCGCAUGAUUCUGAUGUUGUACACGGGGCGACUCUUCUGGAACUUCGAACUGGACUUGUUCAAUGGGGAUGCGUUGGACUUGACGGGGGUUUGCGGAAUAACUCUUACCCCACCGCCGUUCGAGGUUGUUUUUAAGGAGUGUUCGAAGAAGUAAAAUAAAGGAAGGUGGAAACGUGUUUCAUGUUCCAUUGAAAAGUUUUCAUAUUUAUUUCGUCCGACAGUUCCGUCAAUACUCAAUAUUGACCGUCUGCUAACCAUCAAACUCUAAGAGUACAAUUAUUAACGUUUGUUUUAAAACAGCUUUUUUAAUGCAUAAAUAAUCACAUAACACAUAACUCUCUUUCUCUUCGUCUCUCUCUCUCUCUCUCUGUUUACCUCUCACAGGGUUUUUAAUACUAUUUCUUUAAAUUACUUUCCUAACUUCUGCAAUCGCGUCUAUUUCUGUCAAACAUUUUGUGUCACUCGUCCUCGCGCAUCCUAACAAUCAUUCGCACACACUGGCUUCGCGUCAUAAUGUGACA